GAACAAGUAACUUUAGAAUAUUGUAAAGCAAAACAGGAAUCAAUACAGAUCUAUGGGUUGCGAUAAUGCAGUAAUUCAGCAUGGAAACCACCGUUCAGCAUACAGAAGAAGUAGAAGCUUGUCGGGCGAGUUAUUAGGAUUCCCACGUAGACAAGACACGCCCCACUGCAACAUGAUUGGCUCCUGUGUCGCAGGAAAGGCAGGCUACACAGUUGUAACGAGAUGACCAUCCCAUACAUGUAUCACAUUUGUAUGAAAUAAAAAUAAAUAAGUUUGUUAUGGUUAGCUUUAGGGCUAGGUUUGGGGCUUAAGGUGGUUUAGGAUGGGUUAAGGUUAGAAUUACGGUGGGUUAGUUUUAAUGGGAUAUUCACGCACUUGUCAUAGCUUGUACUGUCCGGAAGCAGUAGGCCAUGUUCCAAAGGAAUACAGGAGCCAAUCAUAGUGCGUGUCCUGGAGCCAGUAAUAUUAGAGCAGGGCGUGUCCUGCCUUGAAACAACGUGGCAAUCCUAAUAACGCGGUCGGGCUCCUUGAUCACCACUUGCAGUGCUAGAGUUCAUUAUUCAUUUGGAAAAAUAACCUAUUACGAAACCGUCUCUUGCUCCUUCUAGUUUUUCCACGUUAUGACUAAUUUGCCUAUUGGUUACGUCUGAAUGUACUUUAAUGGUCUGUAUUUUAUUGGAGGUCUGGCUCUGGCAGUCUCGUUUCAUAAUCACACAGUUUGGACAUAAUAUCCAUAAAUGGAAAUGGUUCAACUCUUCAGCGUGUGUGUAAGACACAUGUUGAUUUUGAGUGAGCGUGACAAAUUCCUUGGAAACCCAAUAAGGGCGGACUGAAUAUCUUAUCGUGUACAUUUAAAUUCCUGUUGUUACCUUUGUGUGGAGGUGAACCUGCGCAGGAAGAGUUACAACAUUGCAAUUCAUGAAACGCUGGUGUCUUGCCUGAAAUUGAAAGUACGUUUGUGGCAGAAGCAGAUGUAAACAUUUAGCACGUUCUUACGCUGAAAACAGUAGAGCGUAAAACACCUUAUAUUGUAUUUUUUACAGGUGAUUUUCACGCACGCAAUCCAUCAUUGCAAACGGGGUCCGGUUUGGCGCGUUUAUUAGGGAAUUCUGUGUUUUCAGACUACACGCGAAGGCACCACGCGGAGGCAGGAAGUUUUCAUUCGGACAAAUCGAAACCGAUCAUAAACUAGACUAGUACUGUGCUAGUACACUGUAGUUGACACCGUCGUAUCAACAAGAGCACCGAUACUGUUUUUUGAUGGAUACUGAAAAUUACGUAGCUAAAUUGAACGAGUACACUCAGAGAACACGUUCGGAAUUGAAGUACGAGGACGUCAGAACCGAUGGCCCGGAUCACAUUAAAACAUUUGCCAUAAGAGUUGUAGUCAAUGGCGAGGCAUAUCCAGAGGGCGUGGGAAACAAUAGGAAAGAGGCCAAAAAGAACGCUGCCAAAUAUGCUUUAGAAAGUUUAAUGGAAGAGAAGGAGCAUGCAUCAGAUGCUUCUCUUGGACCAGUCAGUCAAACAGUCAAAAAUCCCGUGUCCUGGCUCUAUGAGUAUGGCCACAAAAUCAAGAUGGCAGUCAAAAUUAUGGAUUCCAUAAGACCUGGAUCGUACGAGCCUUUUCAAUGUAGAUUUUUAGUUGGGGACAUUAAGUAUCCAGUUGCCACUGGGACAACAAAGAAGGAAGCUAAGGAAGAAGCUGCUAAGCUUGCAUAUCAUGAGAUAUAUGAAGUGUCACUGAGUGAAAAUGAGAAAACCUCUGGUUCUUCAAAUCAUGAAAAGGAGGAAAUUUCAGCGAUCUGUGAUGAACUACGAAGUUUGAAGGCUGAAGAAGAUGGCUCUGUCAAGACCAAUUUUGUCGGCGCUAUCAACGACUACUGUCAGAAAACACACCGCACUCUAAAAUUUAUCGAAGUGGCGAGAAGCGGCCCAUCUCAUAACCAUAUAUUUUACUACAAGUUAGUGAUUGAUGGCAAGGACUACACUGUGACUGCAGGAAAUACUAUCAAGGAAGCCAAGCAAAAUGCUGCUCAGUCGGCCCUCUCUGCCCUUGAAAAUGAAGACACUGAGGUCUUGCGGUCCUCCCGAAGUACACCAAGCAGCAGGGUGUCCUCUCCAAACUUGUUUGGAUCCCUUGAUGCAAAAUUAAAAAACAAGAUUAUGACCCCCCCAAGUGUUUCGGGACAAUUUGAUGAGUCUUCUCCCAAGUUUCAGGGCAAAAGUCCAGACUGCAAGCCCAGAAGAAAAAUUGCAGUACAUUUUCCAAAUGCAAUUGGACAACAGUACGUAAUGAGUGCAGAUUUCAAAGACCCUGAAAAUGAUCGUGAGCAAAAAUCACAGUUAGCCAGUUCAAGGUUCAAACAGGACUUUAACUGUAUAACAUACAUAAACAAAGGAUCCUUUGGCUGCGUUUUCAAGGCAAAACACAAGCUUGAGGGAAAGUACUAUGCUGUGAAGGUUGUCCACUGUAAAGAAAAAUCUUUACGGGAAAUAUCAGCUUUAUCAGAGCUUCAACACGCCAACAUUGUAAGAUACUACACAUGUUGGAUGGAAGAUACUGCUUACGAAUGUGGCAGUGCAGAGGACAGUUCCUCUUCCCAAAAUUCUUCUGAAAGGUUCCUCUAUAUUCAGAUGGAGCUAUGUGACAACAAAACUCUCCGAAAGUGGAUUAAUGACAUGAACACUCAGAAUGGGAAUCCUACACAAAGGAGGGAAUACACUUUUGCCAUUGUACAGCAAAUUGUCUCAGGAGUCACAUGCAUUCAUGACAAAAUGUUAAUCCACAGAGAUUUGAAGCCUGCCAACAUCCUGUUUGGGCGGAAUGAAAUGGUGAAGAUUGGAGACUUUGGCCUCGUUACUGAGGAAAAUUACAAUGAGAACAGAAGCAUUAACAAGGGAACCCGAAGUUAUAUGGCGCCUGAGCAGAAAGACAAGAUUGAUUACGACCGAAAAGUGGACAUAUUUGCUCUGGGUUUGAUUUAUUUUGAGCUCCUCUGGUUCAUGGCUACCGGCGCUGAAAGGGGAAAGCUUUGGGAUGAUGUCAGAAACCAGAAACUCCCUCCAGGUUUUUCAUACCUUUUCCCUGCAGAGGAAGAAAUGAUCAAGUUAAUGCUUUGCUUGAAGCCAGAAGACCGGCCUGAAGCAAGUCAACUCCAGACCAACCUUGAGGAAUGGGCUAUUGCACUUAAACUUGCUAAAGACAGAAAGACCGUCUAAUUAAAGCAUUUUUAAAUUAACAGUUGUAUAUUUAACUUAAAAUGAAAGUUAGCCACAAUUUAUACAUAUACUGUACGUUCGUACGUCAGAAUCAGAAUCAUCUUUUGCCAAGUAUGUCCAAAAAACACACAAGGAAUUUGUUCCUUCAUCAGUUGCUAUGUUUACAUGUCUAUACAUGUCACAACAACCUGACGACAAGACCGUAUUUUGGGUAAGCCAUCGCUUCCAGAAUAUUACUUUUAUAUAUAAUAAAAGUGUUUUUUAAACUAUUUGGAGCCACGGUCCCUUACAGUUGAAAUUUUUCCAAGGGCUCCCUCAUAAUCCUAAGCGACAAUUAUCCAUCCAUCCAUCCAUUUUCUGUACUGCUUAUUGUUAGGGUUAUCCUGUAAAUCUACAGAUAUUCACAAUCUAGCAUGCACCAAAAGGAGACAGGAGACACACCAAACACAACCUUAGCCAGUACUUAUCUUGCGGCAAAAGGAGAAGCAGUCGCUCUCUCAGCGAUCUGGAAUCUUCUAACGUCUGUCUCCCCUGUGCCCUUUUUAUUCAAGCUUGAGUAGGCGGUAUCACAUUCCAUGACCUUUUAAGGACUUGUUUGUUGUUAUCAAGAUGUGGUCAGUGUCUAGAGGUGUGGAAUGUGCAUUGUAGUACUUUUCCAAACUGCUCUUGUUUCCAGUGAACAAGGGUGCUAUCAUCUUAAUGCAGUUACAGCAACAAUGUGUUUUUAUGUCCAUCCAUCCAUCCAUUUUCUGAACCGCUUCUCCUCACUAGGGUCGCGGGCGUGCUGGAGCCUAUCCCAGCUGUCAUCGGGCAGGAGGCGGGGUACACCCUGAACUGGUUGCCAGCCAAUCGCAGGGCACAUAGAAACAAACAACAAUUCGCACUCACAGUCAUGCCUACGGGCAAUUUAGAGUCUCCAAUUAAUGCAUGUUUUUGGGAUGUGGGAGGAAACCGGAGUGCCCGGAGAAAACCCACGCAGGCACGGGGAGAACAUGCAAACUCCACACAGGCGGGGACGGGGAUUGAACCCCGCACCUCAGAACUGUGAGGCUGACACUCUAACCAGUCAGCCACCGUGCCGCCGUGUUUUUAUGUACAAACGAUUUUCAAAAAUAAAAGUAUUUCAGAUGA